AGCAGCGCUGCCUCGUCCCGCUUUCCUGUGGGGAGCACGGAGGUGGUUGCCCUGUCCCCGGGACUGUGCGGGAAAAUUCGCGUCUCCAGAGGAUUUUUCUUUCCCAAGGAGUGGCCGGAUGGAGGAGGAGGAAAAGCCCCGGAGAUGCCACACGAGGAGGGGCUGCAAACCCAGCGCAGGGAGCUGCGAGGAGCAAAGACCCUCCCUGUGCCAGGAGGGCGGCCAGAGAUCCAGCCAGAGCUCAGAGCUGGUGGAGAAGCCUCAUGGAGGGGAGAAGCCCCACAAGUGCUUGGAAUGUGGGAAGGGUUUCAGCUACAGGUGCGUCCUGAAGAAACACCAGGUGAUCCACACUGGGGAACGGCCCUAUGAGUGUGGGGAAUGUGGGAAGAGCUUUAGGUAUAGCUCCAAUCUGAUCCAGCACAAGAGGAUCCACACUGGGGAACGCCCCUUUGGGUGUGGGGAAUGCGGGAUGAGCUUCAGCCAACGCUCCAGCCUGAUGGUACACCAGAGGACCCACACUGGGGAGAAGCCCUACGAGUGUGGGGAAUGUGGGAAGAGCUUCAGAGGAAGCUCAGCCUUGAUCCAGCACCAGAGGAUCCACACUGAGGAAGGGCUCUACACAUGCUUGGAAUGUGGGAAGAGCUUUGGAUGGAGUUCUAGCCUGAGGAAUCACCAGCGCAUCCACACCGGGGAGAGGCCCUACGAGUGUCCCAAGUGUGGGAAGAGGUUUCAGACCAGCUCCAAUCUCCUCAUACAUCAGCGGAUUCACAGAGAGGAGAGGCCCUUCCGCUGCCCCGACUGUGGGAAGGGCUUCAAGCACAACUCACACCUCACUGUCCACCGGCGCAUCCACACUGGUGAGAGGCCCUACGAGUGUCCUGAGUGUGGGAAGAGCUUCUCCAGGGAUUCUCACUUGACCCGACACCAACGGAGGCACUGCUAAGGGAAGCGCUGUGAGUGCCCCGAGAGCGGGAAGAGCUUCGUGCGCUGCUCCAGCUCCAUCCCCUGUGGGAGGAUCGGCCUUGGAUGAUCCCCAGUGACUCCCGUUGGGCAGAGCCCUGCUGAUCCGUGGUCCUCCUGAUCCCUGCUGGCUGUGGGGAAGGUGUUGGAGACAUUUCUUUCCCUUCUCCUGGUGCUGCUGUGAUUUGGUUGGUAAUAAAUUCCCUCCCUGUGCCCAGGCUGGCUCUGCUGUGGCCGCGCCGCUGCUCGGGGCGGGAUCUCUCCCGAUCCUUCUCUCAGCUCCCAGCCUUUCCUCAGCCCAUCACAGAAGGCACUAAAAUAAUUGAGCCCAUCAGAGCGCAGGGCGCUGAGGACUCCCCAGAUGCCAGCCAGCCCCACAGCGCCCCGAGCUCCUCAGCCGGACUCCCCUGGUGCUGCGGAGUCAGGGCUGCCCCGGAGCUCUUGGCUACUCUGGGCUGCUGCGGGCACCCCCGCACCUGUGUCCUGCACACACAGGGCUGUUUCAGGAGAUGCUGAAGUGCGGCUGGCACUGCAUGAACGGCACCGAGCGGGGGAGGGUCGUGGACAGGAACAGCGACAACCGGGAGCAGCUCCUGCCCUUGGGCAGCGAUGUGGGGCUGUAGGUGGGGGACACCUCCUGUGGGGAGAAGUUGCCAGGUCCUGGAACAGCGACCCGCAAUGGAGGGAGUACAGACGGGCUGCGGCGGACAGGCACUGCAGCACAACUACGAGUUGUCCAGCCCGUUCCUCGUGGAGCGCGGAGGUGAGCGUGGGGCAGAGUGUGUCCCGUGGGGCCCUGCCCUGGCAAUGACCCUGGAUCGCCUCAAAACCUUCCUGGGAAUCAGCCCAGAGCACUCAGCCCUCCUUGUGUCCAUCCCCGCGGCCUCCUGCCCCUCUCCGAGACACCCGUGGCUCUCCCAGUCCAUCCCAGUCCGUUCCCAGUCUCUCCCAGUUCUCCCCCGCGUGUCCAUCCCGGCCGUGCGUGGAGCUGACGCCGCUCAUCCUAUCAGAGCUUGUCUCUCUGAUGACUCAUCUGUUGCCAGGCAGACCCGCAGCGCCGAGUGCCCCGCGCUCGAUUCGGCCUCCCAGUGCCGCGUGCUUCAUUCCCAGUUCCUCCCAAUCCCUCCCACUUCCCCUCAGCCGACUCCCAGUCCAUUCCCAGUUCAUUCCCAGAGCUCCACCCUCUCUCUCAGUCACCCCCAUCCUCUCCCAUUUCUCUCACCCCAGUCCCUGCCAAUUCAUUCCCAGUCCAUCCCAGUCUUUCUCAAUCCAAUCCCAGUCCCUUCUAGUCCGUUCCCAGUCCCUUAUGUAAUAAAUCGCCAAACCAAAUUCAGUAAACCAAAAUUUAGAAUUUUAUUUUGAGACUUAAACACAGUCUCCGGUAGCCACAAUUAAAAGGGACUGCGUCGAAUCCCGGGAUUUCGGCACUGGGUGAACGCGGUAACAGACUCUGUCAGCCUGUCACCCCCUCUGUUCACAAAUUCUGUCUAAUACCACUGGUUUUUAUACAGUCUUUCGCUGAGAGUGGACCGAGACCGUAAGACUCUUGCUUCCGUGGUACUUCAUUAGAUAUUCAUGUUCAUGUCCGGGGUCUGUUGAUGGAUUCUCAAAGUGGAACAAUGCCAUGAUUGCCGUGUCUAGAGAAGGUUUGGAAAUGUUAAAUCGGGCCAGAACAGAUAAGAUAUCGUUCUGAUUUAAUCAUUCAAUUGUUAGUGCGCCCAUUUCCCAUUCUCCGUUAUUUUGUGCCUUUCUGUAGGAUUGUUACAAAGCGGUUCCCGGGAGGAAUUCCUUCUAUUCCCUUAACCCUCGUGUCCCUCUGUGCAGUUUUAGUCUUGGUUAACCCUAAACACACCUUUAGGUUUACUGAUCUUAAACUAAGCUUAAAGUAGAUCAAUUUUACAUAGUACAUUAUUACAUUUUACAGUGAAUCAAUUACAUAUCAUAUUACCUAACACGAAUUAACUUUAGAACAUAUAUCACAAUCCCUCCCCUUCUAUAUAAACACAUUUAAUUUGUGUUCCUGUUACUGUCUUUUUUUUCUUUUUGACAAAAAAGCCUCUUAACAAGAAUGUCACUCAACCUAAGAGGGCUUUCUAAUUUUAAACAUUCUAUUCCUCUUCAGAUUCACUCCAAUAUGAUUUAUCUUCAUCUUCCUCCUGUACUUGAGCUUCAAACUUUGCUAGAACUCCUGCUGCCCUGCUUUUUUCUUCAUUUAACUUCAUGAUUCUUGAUACCUUACUGUUUUUGCUAAACGCUCCUGAGGCUAAUUCAGGAUCUGUGGGCAAUGAUGAGAUUUGCAUUCCUUGAACUACUGUGUGAAUGAGCCGGAUAAAACAAGGUAUCAAGCAUGGUAAGAAGAUGAAUCCUGCUGCUGAACAUAAAAUGAAGAAUCCCACUUUCUUCUACCAAGCCCCUGUACCAAACAAUUGAUCCCACCAGGAGGCCUGGAGGAUUGAAUUCCAUUUUUGAACAGGUACAUGGGCUACCUUCUUUAUUUCAGCUGCUAAACCCCUGAUAGUUUCUCGUAAUCGUUUAUUUCUAUGCAACAUUCAGACUCGUUGAAUUUCCCACACACUCCUCCCUCUUCUGCUAACAGGUAAUCCAAAGCGAUUCUAUUCUGAUACACAAGCCCCCUCUUUUAUGAGUGCUGCUGGGCUAGCAGCUCUAAGGCAUCUGAGGUGUGAUUAGAGACUGUUUCUACUACAGCCUGCAGUCUGAUUAGCCUGUUGAGUAAAUAAACUAGAGUCCUGUAACCCCAACUCCCAUCCUGGGCCCAUGUUGCAGGACCAUAGUAUUCUAUUAUACGUUCUGCAGGCCACUCCUCACUUCCCCAUUUCUGGCUUCCCCCUGCAUUCAGGAGUUCUCUUUUUGUUUCCCUUCUUUUUCUGUUGAGGGUCUCAUAUAAUGGAGCACCUAACAGGUUACUGUCCAAUCUGGGCAGUGUGAAAAAGGAAGGUCUAAUCAUUCCCAGGGUGCAGGAUCCUUUCCACUUGCAGGGUAGUUCACUAUAGGCCUUUUUCCCACAGAUACAGUAAAUUCCACUCGGGGCUUUCCACUUGAUUUCUGUGCUUUCUGGCCAUUCCCAGAACUCUUUUAAGUUCUCUAAUGAUUGGUAAGGGUUGGCCCCUGUUAAUUCAUUCCAACAUAGUUCAAUCUCACUAAUCCAGUCACACACUUUCUCUUUCUUCCUGCUCCAGUAUCCAGCAGGUGGCUCAGGCUACCAGAUCUUAGUCUUACUGUUAGAAUUGACAGCCAGCGUGGAUAGGCAAGGGGUAUAUCCCAUUACCUCAGUGUAUUUAUUCCCUUCUCUACUAAUGCAGAUGGUCCCUAUUCUUCGUUUGUCUAAGGUCCACCCCUCGGGUCGUGACAUCGUUUUUAUUAUCUGGUUGUCCCAUUUCAGAAGUUGUUCUGGGGCUAAACUCUCACCUUUCCAGUGCCACCUUUCAGCUGACUUUGGUCCUGCACAAAUCCAGCAGUUUGACAGCCCCAGUUCUGUGGCAAUUUCUUGCACUAGUUCUACAAAAAUUUUUUUGCUAGAAGCUGGCAAACUCCAAUCACUAGAUUGUUUUUCUAAUUGUUCAUACUGUUCACUGAGUGACCUCAUCCUUUCUUGCUCCAUCUUUUUUCUUUUUGCCUUCAGCUCCUGCCUUUUUAAUUCCUGGGCCACUCUCUGUAUUUUGCUUUCUGGAUCCAUCCCCUCCUCAUUUUUAGAGAAACAGAAGGUCCUUUCUAACUUUAAGUAAACCCUUUCAUCGUUCUCACUUAAUAGAUCUCGGAUGAUGGGCCCGCUGCUCAAAGAAGCUGUCUGAAGCCUUUCAUUCUGUCCCACCGAAUAGGUUUUUCCGUUCAGGGUGCACAUUCCUAAUUUAUUCUGAUCAUAGCACAGCUUGUUUACCUGCAAAUAUGCUAUGAAGGUGGAUUCUUUCUUACCCCCAACCCACACAGUUUUAUUAUACUUCUCACAUAUAGGAAUUAUGGGUAGGCUAUUUAGCUCUUUCCUUUUCCUAGACAUUGCCACUGGGUUAUGGUAUAUUGUUUUUUCCUUUAAUUCACAUACUUUGAACCAAGUUUCGUUGUGGGUGCAAAUCCCCAUUUUUUGGAUUUCUGGACAGUUAAAAUGUACCCGGAAAGCUCUAUCUUGGCCCCAGGUAGGCUCUUGCUGAGUCUCCUUUAGGCACUCUUUUUCCUGCCCCAUUUGUCCCUUAGGGUUGGGGAGGCCAUUCGUGAGGUACACGACUAGACUCAGGAUCACCAGGAUUGCCCCUAGGUGUACCCCUCUGCCUUUGCCUCUGCCCACCGGGGUGCCACCAGCGGCGAGGUAAACCAUCUUCUUGGCAGCAAGGAUAUUCUUCCGGGCCUCCAUAGUCUGUCCUGUGAGCAUAUCGCCUUUUGUACUGUCCCUACCUGGCCAAUUUUAUUUGGUCUGCUAUACAGGGUACUUUUACUGUCCGCCUACACUCAAAUGCCAGAGGUUCAGCCCUUAUAUUUAGCUUUCCCCUUAACUCGUUUGUGAAUAAAUGGAACCACUCUGGGGAAUCCAAUUCCAAUAUACCUGCUUCAGUGGCAACGUAUAGGAAGAGGUCUGUGAGCCGCCUUUCCUCCUCUGAGCAAUUCUCACACAGGCUCCAAGGUCUGAUUCCCCAGUAACAAUGAGCUACCCAAAUCUCUUUACAAUGAGCACACUUAAAAUGAACAAAAGGAUGACAGGUACAUCCCUCUUGGAUGCAACUUAUCCAGUAGUCGCUGGUCAUUGAGUCUGUCGGUGGAUCCUCAGCCUCAGAUCUCCCGGUGAAGAGGUUACUCUCCACUUCGUAAGGUUGUCUCGCGGUUCGACCCUCUUUACUCGAGAAGAGUGUGUCCAGCCCUUUUCCGUGGUUCUUACUGCGGUGUCUGUGGUCAAGAGGACGAGGAAAGGUCCCUCCCAUUGCGGAGUCAGCGGUGCUUCUUUCCACGUCUUGAUUAACACCUUGUCUCCCGGUUGGAUCUUGUGGAGGGCAAAUCCUAAAGGUGUACUCUGUGACACCAGUCCACGUUUUCGAAGUUCCUGUAAAUUUUUAUUAAUGGAUACAAGAUAAGAUUGUAUCUGACAAUCCUCAAUUCGAGGGUGUCCCUCUGGCAUUCCAUGUUCGUAUGGCAUUCCAUAUAGCAUCUCAAAAGGGGAUAGCCCUGAUCCCGAGUGGGGUUGAGUCCUGAUAUUCAGAAGUGCCAGGGGAAGGCACUUUAUCCACGACAUCUUGGUCUCAAGCAUAAGUUUCGAUAUUUGGGCUUUUAAUGUUUGAUUCAUCCGUUCUACCUGUCCUGAGCUCUGGGGGUGCCAGGGUGUAUGGUAUUCCCACCGAAUUCCUAGAGCAUUUGCCAAAUGUUUUAUUAUUUUUGAAGUGAAGUGUGUCCCUUGGUCUGAGUCUAUGGAGUCCGGGAUUCCAUACCUAGGUAUUAUUUCCUCCAGCAGUUUUUUAGCUACUGCUUGAGCGGUGGCCCGAGGACCAGGGAACGCUUCUACCCAGUGAGUUAAUUGGUCCACUAUUACUAAUAGGUAUCUAUGCCUCCCAAUUUUUGGUAAUUCCGUGAAAUCCACCUGGAUCCUCCCGAAGGGACGAUAGGCUAAAAGACGUCUCCCUUGUGAUACUUGCCUGUUUCUAGAUUUAUUUAUCUUUUGGCAUACCAUACACCCCUGGACUUCCUGUUUAGCUAGUUCAUAUAUACCUUUACACCCAAAGAAUUUCAAGAAUUGUUCAGUCAGGGCCUGGGUUCCCCAGUGGGUCUGCAAGUGUAACCUUUUUAAAAUUUUUCUGGCAUAAGCCUUUGGUAUUAAUUCUCUACCAUCAGGUAGUUUCCAUUUCCCCUCUUCUAGCAUUCCUCCUAUUUUCUUGAAUUCCUCUGUUUCUUUCUCAGAGGGACAGGGAGGGAAUUCCUGGGGUUCCCCUUCCAAGGUAUCUGGAGCAUUUAGGGUCAGGAGCACUGCCCUUCUUGCCUCCUGAUCUGCCAGGUUAUUUCCCCGUGUUCUGAACUGCAUCCCCACCUGAUGUCCUUUUACAUAUACUACAGCGAUGGCUUUAGGUUCUCUUAUUGCCUCUAAAAUCUGUCUUAUUAAGUUUUCAUGUACUAAGCUUUUUCCCCAUGUGUUUAUUAGUCCCCUUUCUUCCCAAAUUUUUCCGAACGUGUGUACUACUCCAAAAGCAUAUUUUGAAUCUGUGUAAAUGGUCCCUGGUCUUCCCUUUAGCCCUUUUAGAGCCUGCAGGACUGCAGAUAGUUCACAUGCUUGUGCUGACCAGGAUGCACUUAAGGGGCCGGAUUCGACUACUUUUCCUGUUUUUCCAUCUAUGAUGACAUAACCUGACUUUGUUUUCCCUUCCAAAACUCGUGCUUGACCCAUCCACAAACCAUUUUUCCCCCUCCUCUAGUUCCUCAUCUUCUAAAUCUGCUCUAACCUUUGUUUGGAGUUCUGUUAAUUCAGAGCAAUUAUGAGUGGGCCCUUCUGAUGCUUCCCCAAAGGGGAACUCGGCUGGGUUUUUGGCUGUGGUUGUUCUUAGUUCUAAUUCAGGUGCAUGAAUGAGUAUGGCUUCGUAUUUUAAAACCCUAGCAUCAGUAAGCCACUUAUCAGCUUUUUGCUGUAGGAUAGUUCUCAUUGUGGGGAGUGUAAACUACUAACGGGGCCCCAAAGGUAAUUUUCUUAGCUUCUUCCACUAGCAGGGCUACUGCCACAAUUGCCUGCAGGCAUAUGGGCCAUCCCCUGCUUACUGGGUCUAGUAAUUUUGAGAUAUAGCUGACGGGUUUUCUGGUCCCCGCCCAAUCCUGGGUUAGGACCCCGUGAGUUGUGUGGUUACUUACAUCGAUGAACAACUGGAACUUCUUUCUCACAUCGGGGAGGCUUAGGACAGGGGCUGCAAUUAAGGCUUGCUUCAAAUACUUUAAUUCCCUUUCAUCUUGCUCAGUCCAUUUUAGCUUAUCUGUGGUUAAUUUCUCAUACAAAAACUUAACCUUCUCGCUAUAACCCUCUAUCCACUGACGGCAGUACCCCCAAAGCCCCAGCAGCCAUCUCACUUAUCUCUUGUUUCUCGGGGGAGGUAACUCUAUUAUGCUGGCCACCCUCUCUGGGUCUUAUCUUUUCUUUCCUUUUGUAAUCCAAUGUCCUAGGUACUUUACCUCAGGCUCUGUAAACUGAAGUUUAGACUUUGAGACUUUCAAUCCUUUUU